CCGGCGCAGCGGAUUCGGCAUAAGUUUGAAUUGGGGCCGUUCCAGAGAAGAAGGGUCGGCGGUUAGCGACAAAGAAUAUAUAGCUCGGCUAUAGGAUCGUUGGUUGGUUGGUUGGCGGCGCCAGAGUUGAAAAUUUGACCCAAGAUGGAGAAAAUUGAAGGACUUAAAAUAGGGAAAAAAUUGAACGAAGGCAAGACCAAGGAAGUGUAUGAACUGCUGGAUAGCCCAGGACAAGUGUUAAUCAAGUCAAAGGACCAAAUUACAGCUGGAAAUGCAGCCAGGAAAGAUCAGAUGGUUGGCAAGGCUGCUAUAUCCACUAAAACCACGGUCUCUGUCUUCAAGUUACUGCAGGAUGCUGGGAUAAAAACGGCAUUUGAGAAGCAGUGCGGAGAAACUGCAUUUGUAGCAGCAAAUUGUCACAUGAUUCCAAUUGAGUGGGUUUGUCGAAGAGUUGCCACCGGCUCUUUCCUGAAAAGAAAUCCUGGUGUAAAAGAAGGCUUCAAGUUUUUGCCUCCAAAGAUGGAAAUGUUCCUUAAGGAUGAUGCUAACAAUGACCCACAGUGGUCUGAAGAACAAGUGAUUGAAGCUCGGUUUAAUUGCGGGGGGCUUCAAAUUGAGAGAUGUGAAGUGGACAUCAUGAAUCGUUCCACUUUGGCUGUAUUUGAGAUAUUGGAGAAGGCCUGGGCAACUCAAGACUGCACACUUGUGGAUAUGAAAGUGGAGUUUGGGGUUUGUGCUGGUACCAAGGAAAUUUUGCUUGCUGACGUCAUUGACAAUGAUUCCUGGAGAUUAUGGCCUUCAGGGGAUCGAAGCCUGCAAAAGGAUAAACAGGUUUAUCGUGAUCUCAAGGAAGUGACUCCUGAAGCUCUGCAGAUAGUCAAGAGAAACUUUGAAUGGGUAGCGGACAAGGUACAGAACCUGCUGGUGACAAAGACCUCCGUAAGAGUGGUGGUGAUCAUGGGAUCGCGCAGUGAUCUUGGGCAUAGCCAAAAAAUAAAACAAGCAUGUGCAAAUUAUGGCAUACCUUGUGAACUACGCAUUUCAUCAGCUCACAAAGCUACUGAUGAGACACUGAAGAUUAAAGCAGAAUAUGAAGGUGAUGGUGUUCAUACUGUAUUUGUGGCAGUUGCUGGUAGAAGUAAUGGUUUGGGGCCAGUGUUGUCUGGAAACUCCACCUGUCCUGUAAUAAACUGCCCUCCCAUAUCUGCUGAUUGGGGUGCUGAAGAUAUUUGGUCAUCGUUGCGAAUGCCCAGUGGCCUUGGCUGUUCCACUGUUCUAUUUCCCGAGGCAGCUGCCCUUUUUGCUGCUCAGAUCUUUGGUCAGUUUGAUCAUUUGGUGUGGGCCAAGCUACGGGCAAACAUAUUGAGCACUUGGAUCUCAUUGAAGCAAGCUGACAAACAGUUAAGAAACCAGUGAUCGAAAGGUUGUACCUUCAGAGAAGUUCAGCCACAUUUGGAGGAUCAAGGAUGCUAAUUUUGAAUUUUCAAAUGUUUAUCUUUGUGUAAUUCUGAUCAGGCAUAACAUUAUUGAAAACAUUAUUUACCCAAAUGCAGCUAUUGCUGCGAGUAGAAUGGAUGAGGUUUUCAUUAAUUAUUUUUGGGAAAUUAUUUUCAAAACUUGAUAAUCAUCUUUUAUAAUUAAGAUGCAAUAUUAGGAGUUUAUUCCACUUGCUAAUCUUGUAGAUGAUACCAAUAAUGUUCAGUGAUUAUAGCCCUAAGGAAGUCUGUCAAUUUAUGAAUAAAGUUAGUUGAUUCCUUCAA